UCCCAAUGUGUCCCUUUUUCUGCUCUUUACGCUUCUUUUUAUUGUUAAAGGAACGCCCUUUCUCUUCCUUCCUCCGCUUCCCCUCUAGUUUGUAUCUCUUCCAGUUCCAGAUUUCUCUGGUGAGGUUUCUGAUGGAGGUCACACGGUGAGAUUUAGCUCGGCAGAUUGAAGAGCGGGAGCGGGAAAGGCUGCAGGAGAGAGAGAGAGAGAGAGAGAGAGAGAGAGAGAGAGAGAGAGAGAGAGAGAGGCGCGUUUGGGCCCUCAAUGGGAAAGCUAUGAGCCUAUAUAGCGUAUGCCCUUUUCCCAUCGGUUUAUUAGGUGGGAGGCGUGUACGAUGCGGCUCCUUUCGAUGGAUACUCGUGUGGCCUCUCUCCUUGGCGUGCCGCAGCAUCGCUCCGGCGCCUAAAGGCGGCGCCUUUGUACCCUUCGUGUUGCUUUUCCUGUGAAGCGUUCCUGCUCCCGACGAGUUCGCUCGAUCGCCUAGUUAAUUUGAGGUUGAUACGUCGUUAGAUUCUUCCCUUGGAAACUUAGAUCUCAGCCCGAGGACCCUUGGAAACUCCUGCUUUUGGUUUACGGUGGUAAUUCGAUUUGUCUCUGAUUGCAUUUGGGCGAUUCUCUUCUUUAUUUCUCACAAGUUUCGAAGCGCCCCCAAGCCCAUCUCGCUCUUCGCUGGGCUUGCGCUCGUAGGGUUUGGUAUAAAAUAGGGAUCCUUGAUGAAGCUGGGUGUUUUCUUCUUGUAGAGCGAGAGCGAGAGAGAGAGAGAGAGAGCGAGAGAGAGAGAGAGAGAGAUGGCCAGUGAUCAGGGAAAAGAUGCCUCCUUUUUGUUUGCCGACGAGGAAUUGGCCGAGAUGAGCGGGUUUAAUAGAGGCGCCGACUUCGUCGAGGUGCUGUGCGGGUGCACGAGCCACCGGUACGGCGAUGCUGUUGGGCGUCUUAAGGUUUUCGCCUCCGGCGAUCUCGAGAUCAGCUGCGAUUGCACGCCCGGUUGUCAGGAAGAUAAGUUGACACCGGCUGCUUUUGAGAAGCAUUCUGGGAGGGAGACUGCGAGGAAAUGGAAAAGCAAUGUGUGGAUCAUAGUCAAAGGAGACAAGGUUCCACUUUCAAAGACAGUGUUGCUUAAAUACUAUAAUCUGGCAUCGAAAGGUGCUAAUGGCUCUCACAAAGGCCCCAAUGGACGGCUGUGUCACCGCGAUGAAUUCAUUUGCUGCAAGAGAUGUAACAAGGAGCGUAGAUUUCGCUUGCGUACUAACGAGGAAUGCCGCAGUUAUCAUGAUGCUGUGAGAAAUGCAACCUGGGAAUGUUCUAAUUUGACAUUUGACAGGAUCACCUGCGAUGAUGAAGAGGAGCGAGCAAGUCGUAAAGUUCUGCGGGGAUGCUCGCGAUCUCCGUCCUGCAAGGGGUGCACAACAUGUGUUUGCUUUGGAUGCGAGAUAUGCCGUUUCUCAGAUUGCAGCUGUCAGACCUGUGUUGAUUUCACUAGCAAUUCUAAAAGCUAAGUUAGUUCGAGGGGUUCUAAUUUAUCGGCCAUGGACUGCUGCAAGUUGCGCAACCAUGGCACUGGUUAAGAGGCUAUUUCAGGUUCCAUUGUUUCUUCUCAUGCGGUCGGGAUUUCGCUCGCUUUUCGACGAUGAUAAUCUGCUACCGGUGAGACAUUUUGACAAACCCACAAUUGGGCAUUCUUUUCAUCUUCUUUUCAUGCUAUGAUGGACGAUGUAUGAAGACCUGUGAUGGGAUCUGUAAUAGUUGGCACAUUCUUUUCUCAUGGUCUCUAAAUUCUUAUUUUGAUUCCCUUCUUGCUUGAAACAUUUCUUUCUUUCUUAAUGGAUCAAUAGUUCAAUCUUUUGAUACAUGUGCAAUUUUCCA